GAUGUUGCGGCUGUCUGGCACCAGCAGGGGCCGCUCUCUAUCGAAGUCUCUGGAAAUUCUCUCGCCGCCUCCACCUCCCCCCCAACUCUCCACCGCACCCGCCCGUCCUUAGUCUCCAAGCCCCCAGCACAAACCGCGGCCAUCCUCCUCGUCGUCCUCCACCUCGUCCACCGAACAAACACCGGCGUCCAUGGCUGCAACGGAGUUGACCACCACCACCACCACGCCCGCUCGCUCGGAGGUGAUCGGCGAGGCCAUGGAUUGCGAGGGAGGCGAUCGAUCGGACAGCAUCCCUGUACAGACCAAGUGGUACGAUCGACGUGACUGUGUGGUGCUGGAGUUCUGUGUGGCUGACAGCAACCGCGUGAAUAUCAACUAUGAAGAGGACAAAAUCACAUUCAGCUGUCUUGGGAGCGAUUGCAGAAGUUUCCUGAAUGUAAUUGAGCUGUACGACAAAAUUACUAUUUCGAAAUCAAGUCACAAACGAACUGAUCGGACAGUGGUGUGCAUCAUUACAAAAAAGACCUCUGGAAAAUCCUGGCCAAGACUGACCAAAGAUAAGACUAAGUUAAGUUGGCUGAGCGUGGACUUUGGCAACUGGAAAGACUGGGAAGAUGACUCGGGAGAUGACCUGGCAAAAUUCAAUGACAUGUCUGAUGGGGAGUUUCCUGACAGUGAUGACGAAGAUUGAAAACUUUGAGAAUACUGCAUGCUUCCUGCAGCGAGUCGUCUGUGCUUCGAGGGUUCACAUUCGCGAAAGAUUUCAUACAAAUACCCUUCCCAUAGUACCUAUUAUUCAGAAUCAAAGAAAAACAUUGUAGACGCUCUUAAACAAUGUACACUAUUCGUUAUAAGCCACUUAAUUCACAGCGCAUUUGAUGCUGUUUAUAAUCGCACAUAUUUCAGUAAAACAAAGUAAAACAAUUAACCCUGCAAUACUCUAUCGAGCACCAUCAAUAUAAAACCGAAAACUAUAGUCCUUUAAGAGGCCACCAAUUAAAAUAGUUCAUUGAGGAAACUUGCAGUACUAUCGGUUGCUUAGAUAACUUGAAUAUGCGCUGCAGUCAACAGAGAGAUUAUCACGUUUGGGCUACCUACGAUGCAAAAGAAGUUAAACAUGUAUUCACUGCUUUAGGGGCAACAUACACACCUCUUUCGCCCUUUGGUAACACAACAGGUGGAAAAAAGGGGGUAAACACUGGCCAGUAUUGUUGAAAAGAGGAUAUGGGUGUUUGUUUUAGUUCACUGGUUGAGCACUCUUCCCAGCAGAAGCUACUGAAGCCAUCACCAAGGUCACGAAUUGGUCAUUAUUUUUCUUAACACGCUACACAGUUGAAUGCAAUCAGCUGGAUUUCCGACUACAUUCCUAAAAGCCAGUGUUUUUACAAUUGGUUGUGGUUAUAUAUAUACACAUAUGCAAAUGUGUUUGCAGGAUGUUGUAAAACUUAACGUUCACUUUUUGAGCUUCCAGCCCAUUACAAAAUAAUACGUCGGUCUCUCAAGCAAAUGCGGCAACCUUUCCGACACUGGCAAAAAUGCACAUAAUUCUCAGAGGAGCACCACCUCCUGGACAAGGUUCGCAUCUCUACACCUUGCCCAUGAUCCAUCAUAGUCAUUCUUGAAGGGCAUCAUGAGUCAAAUUGCAGUCUGCGGUGGCUUUUCAAUCCAAGGCAACCUGGCAAAUCCCGAGAUGCCACAUUGGGCAUCCUUUGCAUUCAAUACACAUUUCCUCGGUUUUUAUAAAGACAUGAGGCAUCGGUCAAACGUCAUUGCCCACGCUUAAGAGAAAGUAAUUAAAUAACUGGCUGACCAGUUGGCAGGCAGUUACAGGUUGCCGGCCUGCCAGCUGGUCAGCCAGUUAAAACAUGCAUGGGUAUUGACGUAUUUCCCAACCAUUUACAUUCUAUAGUGUACAGUACUGUAAUUAUUCAUGUUACUGUUAAUGUCGUACACCCUCGGAAUUCAGUUUAUUCAAGACCUUAGUUUUACCAUUGUUAAAGUAUAGUUUGAGUUUUCACCUGAUUACACCGUAACACAAUUUUUUCUCCCUGGGUAGUGUUAUUUUGCAACGGUUUUAUUCAAUGGUUUUAUUUAACUUGACUCCUGUUUGUCAUGGUCAAAUCUUGUCACAAAAAUUUAGUCUACUUCCUGUUGUCCAAUCAAUUCGAAAUUUUGCACACGUACUCAGAUCCGGUGACAAUGCAUGCCUGUAUCAAAAUCGACGUAAAUUUGUUAUGGGUGCGAAUUAGGCGCAUACAACUUCUUGGGAGGCAACACUUUAUUGUUAACUCAAUGUAACACUUAACAUAGGGUGGUGACCACUGACCUAUUCUCGCUAACACACACCAUCACUCACUAACACUGACUCGGAUACGACUAGCGUGACCAAGCCAGGAGGGCUACUCGCUGGUCACGCUGACUUGACUCUUCUUUCUUGACACGAGCAGCCUCGAACCCCGGUGAGGAGGCCGCUUAUAUGCGCCUCAGCGUGUCCGGGCCACACCCCGGUCACGUCCAACUUCAAUAACUCUUGAGAAGAUUCUCGACUGUCCACGUGGCCCCCAAGGUGGCCCCAGGGCCCCCAGACCUCACCUUGAUCCGGUCACGUGUCCAGCCGGGUUCACUCGGUGCCACGGCCUCACAACCCCCGUGGCCCUCACCCACGGCCUCCAGAUCCCCUGAACUGGCCCUGACGUCAUUCCCACCCCCAAACGGGAUGACGUCAUGUGUGUGUGUAGACCAGCGUGGUAGUUUUAGUAUGGACGCCUUGUUAAUUAUAAAUUUUUGUGCAGGUCAAAAACGCCGCGGUCCUUAAACUGUGGAAUCGCCUCGCACAAAAAGCAGGCGUCGCGUGUCUAAUGCGCCUGCUCCGUGUGAACGAGUAGUACAUUGAAAAUUAAUUUAUAAAAUAAGCAAUGAUUUCAUGUAAACGAUGUGGGAGCAGGCACCGCAUCAUUGACGUACAUCGAGGGUGCGUUAAACGAAGUUGUGAAUAAAACCGUUUAAAAAAGUUUAUUUAACUUCGUUUUUGUCGUGGUCAAAUCUUGUAAUCAAAAGUUAGUCUACUUCCUGUUUAAUAAAUUCCAAAUUUUGCAUCGGUGAUAAUGCAUGCCUGUAUCAAAAUCGGCAUGAAUUCAUCAAUUGCCUCCUUUCAAGCGAUUACAUUUUUUUCCAUGGACGGUUUAUAUGUUUUUGUGGAGGUCACGGUCCCUAAACUGGAAUCGGCUCGCACAAAAAGCAGGCGCCUUUGACGUACUUUUCGACCGCGAGUAUAAACGAAGUUAACUUUUUUUUAAGGAGUUUAUUUUAAUUGCUUAUGCCUAUAAAGUAUAGAAAACGGUUAUUCCCCAAACUUUGCUUUUGCGACGAGGACUUUGUGAAGGAAUGACACAUGCACACGUUUUCUCAUUGAAGAUGGGUACAUUUCUAAAUAUCACUCCUGGUCACAAAAACAUUUGUGGGAAAUAUACAUUUUCUAUACUUUUGAGGCAAGCAGUUAGGAAAUAACACUCGCUUCCCAGGGACAAAAAAAGUGUUACACGGUGUUAUCUCGGCCUAUAUCACCGAGCUGUUUAGCGACAAUGUUUAAGGUUGCAUUUUUGAAUAAAAGGAAAACUGAA